GGAUUGCACAGGUUGGUGCGUUUUUCUAAUAUUUGUGUUAAAGUGUGCUCAGAUCAGUUUAUUGUAUUUUCAGGAAGAAUAUACGAUUGAAAAGAACAAUCCCCAUCAUGGCUACCAACCACCGAGAGGCCAUUCAAAUGCAGAUCCAGCAGGACUGGGCCAACCGCGAGUACAUCGAGGUCAUCACCAACAGCAUCAAGAAGACGGCCGAGUUCCUCAACUCGUUCGACCUCAGCUGCAAGUCGCGGCUGGCCAUCCUCAACGAGAAGCUGACCAAGCUGGAGCGGAAGAUAGACUAUCUGGAGGCGCGCGUGACCAAGGGAGAAACGCUCAACUAGUGGUGACUGUAGUGUGGGACUCACGGUGAUUAGAACACUGAGACACACUGGAAACUCGCGUCGCGCGUGGUGUCUGAACAUGGUGCGGUCCCAUGGAACGUCCACUGAAGUAGUCGUCUCUGGCAGACUUCUGUACGGCCCGGAACGACUGAACUAUCAGAGUACCUGCUGCUAGUGGCUGAACCCGAAUGAAUAUCGAUGCCCGCUCUUGAGCCAUGUGCUUCUUGAUAUGUGGUGAAGUAAGGGAUGACUGUAUACUGUGUCCAAAGGACGUUAGCCAGCGCAUUAUUGAAACGGUCAAACCAAGGUGAAGCCAUUAUCUCCCGACCAGAGAUUCUCGGUCGAGCGCUUCCAAUGCCAUUUCUGUUUUAAUAUUUACAUCGACUGCAAAGAAGAAGGCCAUACACUUGAAGAACUUUGUCGCUUAGUUAGUAUAGAAGCAACAACCAGUCGACAAACUUUGCUUUAUGCCGCAUGCGACCGAUCAAUCCUCAUGUUGCUUGUGUGGCCACCAUGUACAAGAUGUUUUGUUUUGUAAAGAAACAAUGACGUAGACUACAAUACAUAGAUACGUCAG